AUGGUGGGGCACAUGGACGCCUCCGAUUCACAGUGUUAUUCUGCAGGAUCCGAGAGACCGGCCAUUCGCUCCGUGUCUCGGCAAAGACCCACUGCCACUCCGGACUGCCUCCGGCCCGGUCCGGAAGCUUCUGUUGGCAGCCCGUUGGCCAAGAAUCAGUCAAAGAUUUGCGAUGAUUUCUUCUACCAAAAUCCCACAUCGCCCAUCAAGGCUUCCGAUGACACGGACAACUUAAAGACACCCCAGAAGCCUGCCCUCGACGACAUAAUCAAGGGCACAAACGAAACAAUUUCAAAAUUCCAGAAAACCCUGCCUCCCUCGAGAUUUUUCUUCUACUCACCAUCGCCAGCUUUGCUGUUUCUUGCUAGCGACACCACAACCUCAGGCCUCCAGGCUACUUUGGAGCACAGCAAAUCAACCAUGGACGACAGCGACUCCUACCUCCAAGAUCGAAGCAGCAUGGAGGGCGCCGUGCAGUACGUCCCGCCCAAGUUGGCGUAUCCCGAGGGUCCUCUUGUCAAAAGCGACGACGCGGUCGACCAGGGUCAUGCCGUCUCCGACUCGGCUGCCUCGCCUUCUCCCAUCGCCUAUCAGGACCAAGGAAGCAACACCGCCGGCGAUAACACCAUCGACGAGGACGACCGUGCUCUCUACCAGUUGCUUCGUUAUCACGUCAAUUCUGAGAUCUCCUCGACCUCUUCUGACCCCCAGCCUACCGGAUCAGUCCCCACACCCUUUCCCUACCCUGUCGUGGGCGCGAGCGUUCCCGGUUACAUCGCCGGCAACAACAACACCGGCCAGCCUGGAGUAUUUGCCUCCCCCUCUGCCAACAACGCCUCCUUGGGCGCUCAUGGCUACUUUCAUUCGACCGGCUAUACGAAUGCUGCUCCUAGCAACGACCUCCCCCGCAAUGCUCCAGUUGCUGCUAUGACCACUGCCCCUACCGGCACCGCGUCUUUGAACAUGAACGCCGUCUCUACCAACACUGCGCCCGCCAACGCCGCUCCUGUCAACGCCGCCCCAGCCAACACCGGCCCCGUCACCGUCGCUUACCAGGGACAUCCCCUCUACAGCCGCCGCCGCCGGAACCGCAUCGGCACUCGCGGCUGCCACGUGGGAAGCAGCGGCAUUGACCGGCCAAACCCUCCGGAGCCGCUCCCCAUCCCUGGACCUCCGGCCGGAGCCCCUCCCGGCGUGACCUAUCCUCUCUCUCGAAUGGCAUACAUGCCUCCUGGAGCUCCUUUCUACACCAGCAGCGGCCAGAAGCGAUUUCCGUGCAACCGGUGCGGUCUCGUGCGAUCCAGAGAAGAUGAAACUCGAUUUCAUCUUCGUGAUGUUCACUAUCGCCAGGAGUACAAGUGGAUUCAUUACGGAAAUCAUGAGGAGGGACUCUACUACUUCGGCAUCGACCAGUCUAACAUCGACUGCCCUAGCAUCUAG